AAGACCGCAAAUACUCUAUGCCAUGGGCAACGUGGCCAUGUGUAAGGUGUGCGGGUCACAGAAGGGCCUGAGGACUGCCGGAGUUCAGUCCGAUUUGGAUCAGGACGCUCUGCCCGACUACUAUUGCGCCGAGCAUUUUCCACAGCAACCCCCGCUGAUGCUGUCGGACAGCAACACCAGUUUCCUGCGAGCAGCGAGGGCAGGGAACAUCGACAAGGUCCUGGAAUAUCUGAAAGGAGGGGUGGACAUCAGCACCUGCAACCAGAAUGGUCUUAAUGCACUGCAUCUGGCAGCGAAGGAGGGCCACCUGGAUCUGGUCCAGGAGCUGCUCGAGAGAGGCUCGGCUGUCGACGCCGCCACAAAAAAAGGAAACACAGCGCUCCACAUAGCCUCUCUGGCCGGUCAGGCUGAGGUAGUGAAGAUCUUGGUCAAGCAAGGAGCCGACAUCAACUCACAGUCUCAAAAUGGCUUCACUCCUCUCUACAUGGCCGCACAGGAAAACCAUCUGGAUGUGGUGCGAUACCUUUUGGAGAAUGGAGGCAACCAAAGCACAGCUACAGAGGACGGCUUCACCCCGCUGGCCAUCGCCCUCCAGCAGGGCCACAACCAGGUGGUGUCCAUCUUACUGGAGAAUGACACCAAAGGCAAAGUGCGGCUGCCCGCCCUGCACAUCGCCGCCCGCAAGGACGACACCAAGUCAGCCGCCCUGCUCCUUCAGAAUGACCACAACGCCGACGUUCAGUCAAAGAUGAUGGUCAAUAGGACUACUGAGAGUGGAUUCACGCCUCUACAUAUCGCUGCACACUAUGGCAACGUAAAUGUGGCCACACUGCUACUGAACCGUGGGGCGGCGGUGGAUUUCACAGCAAGGAAUGGCAUCACGCCCCUUCAUGUGGCCUCCAAGCGCGGCAACACGAACAUGGUGUGCCUGUUACUGGACCGCGGCUCUCAGAUCGAUGCUAAAACGAGGGACGGCCUCACCCCACUCCACUGUGCCGCACGGAGUGGACACGACUUCGCCGUCGAGCUGCUGCUGGAGAAAGACGCGCCCAUGCUGGCUAGGACCAAGAACGGCCUGUCCCCUCUUCACAUGGCUGCCCAGGGGGACCAUGUGGAGUGUGUCAAACACCUGCUGCAGCACAAGGCGCCUGUUGAUGAUGUCACGCUGGACUACCUGACAGCUCUGCAUGUGGCCGCUCACUGUGGUCACUACCGAGUCACAAAGCUGCUGCUGGACAAGAGGGCCAACCCCAACGCCAGAGCACUGAAUGGUUUUACACCGCUGCACAUCGCCUGCAAGAAAAACAGAGUGAAGGUGAUGGAGCUGCUGGUCAAAUACGGAGCUUCAAUCCAGGCCAUCACAGAGUCUGGCCUGACUCCAAUCCAUGUAGCAGCCUUCAUGGGUCACCUCAACAUCGUCCUGCUGCUGCUGCAGAAUGGGGCCUCGCCUGAUGUCAGCAACAUUCGUGGCGAGACGGCCUUACACAUGGCAGCCAGGGCGGGUCAGGUGGAGGUGGUGAGGUGUCUACUGAGGAACGGAGCGAUGGUGGACGCCAGGGCACGAGAGGACCAGACUCCCCUCCACAUCGCCUCUCGUCUGGGGAAGACGGAGAUUGUCCAGCUGCUGCUGCAGCACAUGGCCCACCCCGACGCCGCCACCACCAACGGCUACACCCCCCUCCACAUCUCGGCUAGGGAAGGCCAGGUGGAGACAGCCUCUGUCCUGCUGGAGGCCGGGGCCUCACACUCACUGGCCACCAAGAAAGGGUUCACCCCCCUGCAUGUGGCCUCUAAGUACGGCAGCCUGGAUGUGGCCAAACUUCUGCUGCAGCGCCGGGCUCCCCCCGAUGCGGCUGGGAAGAACGGCCUCACCCCGCUCCAUGUCGCAGCGCAUUAUGAUAAUCAGAAGGUGGCGCUCCUGCUUUUGGACAAAGGAGCGUCCCCCCACACCAUGGCCAAGAAUGGCUACACCCCUCUCCACAUCGCGGCGAAGAAGAACCAGACGGAGAUCGCCACGGUGCUGCUGCAGUACGGCGCCGAGACCAACGUCCUGACCAAACAGGGCGUGACCCCGCUCCACAUGACCUCUCAGGAGGGCCACGCUGACAUGGCCGCCCUGCUGCUGAGCAAAGGAGCUCAGGUCAACAUCCCCACCAAGAGCGGCCUGACCUCCAUCCACCUGGCGGCCCAGGAAGACCGGGUGGCUGUAGCUGAGAUCUUGGCCAGAAACGGAGCGAAUCUGAACCAGCAGACUAAAUUGGGCUACACCCCGCUGAUCGUAGCGUGUCACUAUGGGAACGCCAAGAUGGUCAACUUCCUGUUACAGAAUGGAGCUAGCGUCAAUGGCAAGACCAAGAAUGGAUACACUUCUCUUCAUCAGGCGGCACAGCAAGGCAACACACACAUCAUCAACGUGCUGCUGCAGCACGGUGCCAAGCCCAACGCCAUCACUGUGAAUGGCAACACUGCGUUGGCCAUCGCUCGACGACUCGGCUACAUCUCAGUGGUGGACACGCUGAGGGUCGUCACCGAGGAGAUCAUCACCACCACAACGACGGUGACGGAGAAGCACAAGCUGAACGUGCCAGAGACCAUGACUGAAGUGUUGGAUGUCUCGGAUGAGGAAGGUGAUGACACGAUGACCGGGGAUGGAGGGGAGUAUCUGAGGGCCGAGGACCUGAGGGAGCUGGGAGACGACUCUCUGCCGGGACAGUACCUGGAUGGAAUGAACUACCUCCGCUUCAGCCUGGAGGGGGCGCGCACCGACAGUUCGGACAGGUCCUUUACCCCCACCCACCACGGCUACUAUUCCCCUAAACAUGAUGACAUGAUGGAGGAGAUUCUCAUUAGCCACCAGGUGUCUUCGCUUUCCAGAGAAAACGAGAAGGACUCGUACCGGCUGAGCUGGGGCACAGAGAACCUGGACAACGUGGCUCUGUCCUCCAGUCCCAUUCACUCUGGCUUCCUGGUUAGCUUCAUGGUGGAUGCCAGGGGCGGAGCCAUGCGUGGUUGCCGCCACAACGGCCUGCGCAUCAUCAUCCCACCCAGGAAGUGCAGCGCACCGACACGGGUGACCUGCCGGCUAGUGAAGAGGCACCGCCUAGCCACCAUGCCGCCCAUGGUGGAGGGAGAGGGCCUGGCCAGCAGGCUGAUCGAGGUGGGGCCUUCAGGAGCCCAGUUUCUCGGUCCGGUCAUCGUGGAGAUCCCCCAUUUUGCCGCCCUGCGUGGUAAGGAGCGCGAACUGGUGAUUUUGAGGAGCGAGUCGGGGGAAAGCUGGAAGGAGCAUCACUGUGAACAUACAGAGGAGGAGCUAAACCAGAUUCUGAACGGCAUGGAUGAAGAGCUGGACACGCCAGAGGAGCUGGAGAGGAAGCGCAUCUGCCGCAUCAUCACCAGAGAUUUCCCGCAGUACUUUGCUGUGGUGUCUCGCGUUAAGCAGGACAGCAACCUGAUCGGUCCAGAGGGGGGCGUCCUGAGCAGCACUGUGGUGACUCAGGUCCAGGCCGUGUUUCCAGAGGGCGCUCUCACCAAGAGGAUCAGGGUUGGCCUGCAGGCUCAACCUGUGAGUCUGGAUGUGGUGAGGAAAAUCCUGGGGAACAAGGCCACCUUCAGCCCCAUUGUUACCCUGGAGCCCCGCCGCAGGAAGUUCCAUAAACCCAUCACUAUGACCAUCCCAAUACCCAAGAGCAACUCGGACCCGGUGCUCAAUGGCUUCGGAGGGGACACCCCCACCUUACGGCUGCUCUGCAGUAUCACAGGUGGUACUACGCCAGCCCAGUGGGAGGAUAUCACAGGAACCACUCCCCUGACCUUCAUCAACGACUGUGUCUCCUUUACAACCAAUGUGUCGGCAAGGUUCUGGCUGAUAGACUGCCGGCAGGUCCAGGAGUCUGUCAACUUCUCCACUCAGGUGUACCGGGAGAUCAUCUGUGUCCCCUACAUGGCCAAGUUUGUCAUCUUUGCCAAGACCCAUGACCCCAUCGAGGCGCGCCUACGUUGCUUCUGCAUGACGGACGACAAAAUAGACAAGACACUGGAGCAGCAGGAAAACUUCAUGGAGGUGGCCCGCAGCCGAGACGUAGAGGUUUUGGAAGGUAAACCUAUCUAUGCAGACUGCUUUGGCAACCUGGUACCGCUCACUAAGAGUGGCCAGCAUCAUCUCUUCAGCUUCUAUGCCUUUAAGGAGAACAGACUCGCGCUCUUCAUCAAAAUAAGAGACAACACUCAGGAGCCAUGUGGCCGACUGUCCUUUUUGAAAGAACCCAGGAAUUACAGGUCGCUGACCCAAAAUGCCAUAUGCAACCUAAACAUUACUCUGCCAUCAUACUCCAAGUCCAGCAGUGUGCUUGAGAAAUUAGAUCCACAGGAUGAAGCUGAGAGAAAAGAGCAGCGGUUGGCCGUCAUAGCCGACCACCUGGGCUUCAGCUGGACAGAACUGGCGAGAGAGUUGGAUUUCAGUGAGGAGAGAAUCAACCUGAUAAGGAUUGAAAACCCCAACUCACUACAGGACCAAAGCCAUGCCUUGCUUGAGCUCUGGGCAGACAGGGAGGGAAAACAUGCCACAGAAACAACGCUGAUCAGACGAUUAACUAAGAUAAACCGAAUGGACAUCGUUCAUCUUAUUGAAACCAAGAUGACCAAGUCCACUCAGGAUGAGACGUCGUCGCACACCUAUGCAGAGAUAGAGAGGACUAUAUCGCUGGAUCAUACUGAAGGUUUUUCUGCUCUUCAAGAAGACAUUGACAGUCCCAGGCCAGGUAGACGUGCACAGGCCACAGUGCAAAGUCCAGGUUCAGGACAACAGGUACCAGUGGUGUUGGCUGAGGACCUGUCUUCCAGCUUGUCAUCGCUUCAUGAGACAACAGGGCGGUCGGAGACAGACACUUCAGUGACAGGCCUCCUGAGGCACGCCCAGAAGGAGAAACUGCAGAAGGACAUUGAAACAACACACUCAUCAGAAAAAUCGGAGGGAGAUGAAUCAGUACAUACGGGCACUUUGAAACAUGCGGAUGACCUGCCCGAUAUCGCACCGCAGACGGUGACAGAGGAAAAGUACACGGAUGAACAUGGAAACUUGGUAGUCAAGAAAAUCACGCGCAAGGUGAUCCGAAAGUAUGUGUCUGCGGAUGGUGUGGAGAGACAGGAGGUGACCAUGGAGGGGUCUCAUCAGGAGAUGGUGCCCGUGGAGGAGGGUGACGCUGUCUCCAGAGUGGUAAAGAGAACUGUGGUCCACAGUGGAGGAGAUCAGAAGGAGUUGAUCCUCUCGGGGUCCCCGGCCCUGGGUGCCGCCACAGCCUCCGCAUUUGAGGCUGAACCCGUGCAAGGCAGAAAGGUCAGCAAAGUUGUGAAGACGACGGUGGUGAAAGGCCAGAGGUUGGAAAAGCAGAUAGGUGACCCUUUGCUGGCCACCGAUCUCCCCUCAGCUAGAGAGGACUUCGAGAAGGCAUUGGGUUAUGCCGGAGGCUUUGGGAAAAUCCUCCUGCCUCAUUUAGUAGAGAAAGACAUUGUGCAGGAGGACGGUUCUGUGGUUAAAAGAGUCGAGAUGCGUAAGUCGCGUACCCAGAAGAGGACCGUGGUGAGGGAUGGCCAGGGGAGGCAUGUGCACCUGGAGCGGCUGGACGACACCGCUGAGGCCCUGAAGCCUGAUGCCCUUCAGCAGCAUCUGCACCUACUGCUUCAGCACUACUGUGACGAGGACCAGGAGGAGGAGGAGGAGGGGAGUGAAGAUGACAAAGUGGAGAAAGAAGAGGGCGAUGAGUGACAGGCUGCUCAUACCAAGUAACCCACCCCCCCCACCCCCGCUUUCUACCUGCCCCGUACAGAAGCCAGAGGCAGACUACUACGGUGUGUUUCACUCCCCAGAACAUUUGUACCUGCUCCGCGUCCUCUCGUGAUCCUCGCUGAACACUGGAUUUUACUGUUUUUGCUCUGAUACGUUUUUUCUGUCGCUGUGGUGAAUAACGGAGCGGUGCUUUGUGCUUCAACACUUUCUUUUCCUUUCGGACGUUGUGUUUCACAUGCUCGUUUUGUGACCAAAGAUAUUAACCCCCCGAUUUCACCGGACCGCCGUUGACCGUGGUGGGCUUGUUUCGUCAUACUCUUUCCUUCUUUUUUUGGGUAGCUUUGUGUUUGGCUGCUUGGGCGCAAUACUGGAUCGAGGACGAUACCGCAAACGCGAAGAAGAAUCAAGGUUGAAGGGCAUCCGGGACGUUCUCCUCAUGCACAGGCCUCUUUCUGAAGGGACGGUUGUAAACAGGAUGUACAUAGACCAGACAAGACGUCAUGCUCGGACUGGGAAACAACCAUUUUGAAGCAUUUAAAUACAUUAGUCCACCUACCCCGCUGUGCACACGUGCACCAGAAACUGCUCCACUGUCACGAGGUUGAGACCGGCUGAGCUCGAGAUGAGAUUAUGUUACAUAGGAGAUGUAGACCACAGCCAUGCGGCGACCCCGGCCCUCUCAAACUCCUCUGCAAAACCAGCAUUAGGCUCUAAGGCGGCGUACUUUUGCAGAAAUUGGCUUUCUGACCGAUGGUCCUCCCAUGUCGUGACUGUCUGUUGUUCUUUUUGUCAGUUUUGUUUCUUGUUUUUACGCGUGUGUGUCCUUCCAACGCAUGCCAUGGAGUCACAUCUUAUUGUAAGCGUGUCACACAGCUGCCACGUGCGCGCACCCGCACGUGAAUGUGUGUGCGUCAGCGUGGUAGCUCAUAGCAUCCUCAGUGGCACGGCGACGAGUCAUCCGCUACCUUAAGUCGUGCUCGAGGUCGUUCUCCAUCCCAGUUUUGUCUUUUUUGGAUGUUCAGGUUGAGUCCUUAUCCUCCCCCCCCAUCGUUUUCUUGCUUUAGAACAUCGAUAGCUGGACCCCCCGCCUGCACCUUCUCACCUCACAUGUGUUUGAUGCACUUUUGCCCCUCACCUCAGCCAGCGGUACGGUGACCACUGUCUGUAGGCCCGCCACGACGGUACCUGGGGGGGACGGUACGGGGAGGACCCCCUCGGCGGUGUGGUGUAGACCGUUUUAAUCACCGUGUUGGAGCACAGACAUGGUGGACUGUGGCUUAUUCCAUGUGGAGCUGUAUUUAUUGAAACGUGUCCCACUCUUGGUCUUUCCGCGCCUCGGCGUGUACGUGUGAACCUGCUCCGGCGGUGCGAGCUACGACUUGUGGGGGGGAUGACUUGCCAUUGUACACAAGCAAGGCUUCUUUCAGCUGCCCGUUCCUUACGAACGGGUCCAGUAGGACAGUACAGCGGUCAGAGCCGACGCCGGCGUGGACAGCCGGUGUCUUUGGUGUUGUUUGCAGUACAGACUUUAUCGGUGUAACAAUGCGGUCCUCAUGUUGCCAUUUCCUUUGAUUGUGGUUAAAUGCAAGAAUAAAGCAAACGUUAAAGUAACACUGAUUUGAUACAUGAGCAUCUUGUUUCCAUGGUGAUAACGAUAAAUACACAUUUACGACGCAAGUAUCUAUACGGGCAUGUAUUAGUUAUCAAAUUGUUCAUUUAAAAAAAAAGAAGCAAACGCUAACACGGCAUAGCAGCUGCAGUGUGUACAUGGCAGAAAAUAAAAUUGUACAUGUGUCAUA